AGUAAAUUCCAACAGCUCCACUAUCCUUUGGUAAACUAAUGUCCAAAGACUUUUGAAGCUUCCAGUCAACCAACCCCCUCUUGCUCUUGCUCUUGCUAUUGCUCUUGCUCUUGGUUUGAAUCUGAUUAGGUGCUCAAUCUUUCACAAACAUAUCCAUCUCUUUUCUUCCUAAUCGAUGGACGUUGCAGGGAUCUUUCUGGGGCCGAUCAUUCAGGCGCUGCUUGACAAGUUGGUCUCUCCGGCGGUGUCAAACUAUGCCCGUCGUGAGGGAAUGGAUGCUCAGUUGAAGAAGUUGGAGAAAAUGUUGCCAGCUAUUCGUGCUGUUCUGGCUAACGCAGAGGACAAGCAAUUGGAAAAUAAUGCUGCUGUCAAAUUGUGGAUGGACGAGCUCACGGACUUGGCUUACGAUUUGGAUGAUUUGCUGGACGACUUGGCUACUCAAACUUUGGGACGAGAGCUGAUCAAGCGACAAUCUCAUGCUAGCACCAGUACUACUAGUAAGGUACGACAACUCAACCCUCUCAAGCUUUAUCAUAAUAUGAAGUCCAAAAAAGAUAUGAAGUCCAAGAUAGAGGACAUCACUAAAAGAUUAGAAGAUAUUGAAAAACAAAAGAGUAUCCUGAAAUUGAAAGAGAAUGCUGAAGUGAUUGGGUCCAAGACAACAAGAGGAGGACGGGAAACGACUUCUUUCGUCUACAAAUCUGAAGUUUGUGGCAGAGAACAAGAUCAAGAGGCUAUCGUUGCGGAGUUGUUGAAGGAUGAAGUUAGUGCUGACAAUUUCUCUGUCAUUCCCAUUGUGGGCAUGGGAGGCAUUGGUAAGACUACUCUCGCUCAGCUGGUCUACCAUGAUGAACGUGUAGAGGGUCGUUUUGAUCUCAAGGCAUGGGUUUGUGUUUCUGAUGAUUUUCAUGCAUAUGUUCAUAGGGUGACCAAGGCAAUUCUUGAGGCAAUUCUUGGGGAAGUCACUUUAAAAAUUGACGACUCCAAGUCUUUGGAUAUACUUCAACAGAAGUUAAAGGAGAAAUUGACAGGGAAGAAGUUUCUUCUUGUUUUGGAUGAUGUUUGGAGUGACAAGUAUGAGGACUGGCAGCUCCUAAAACUUCCUUUUAAGGUUGGGGCACCUGGGAGCAAAAUUAUUGUCACAACUCGCAAUGAAGAGGUUGCAUCAACCAUGACUCUGUCUCAGCUGGCUUACCAACUAAAAGGUUUGUCCAAUGAUGAAUGUCUAUCUUUAUUUGCCCAUCAUGCACUCGAGAAAGAAAACUUUGAUGCAGAUCCAAGUCUAAAAGGAAUUGGUAUGGAAAUAGUGAGUAAAUGUAAAGGCUUGCCCUUGGCUGUAAAGACAAUAGCAGGCCUCUUCCGGAAAAAACGCCAAAGUAGUGAGUGGGUAGACAUAUUGAAUAGCAAGAUAUGGAAUUUACCCGAACAAAGUGGUGGUAUUCUUCCAGCCCUUCAAUUGAGCUAUCAUCAUCUCCCAUCUCAUUUGAAGCAAUGCUUUGCCUACUGUGCAACAUUUCCAAAAGACUAUGAAUUUGACAAAGCUGAGCUAGUUCUAUUGUGGAUGGGGAUAGGCCUUUUGCAGCAAUCAAAAGAAAAGGAUCGAAUGGAGAAUUUUGGCAAUAAGUGUUUUGAUGAUCUUUUAUCAAGGUCAUUUUUUCAACAAUCUGGUAGUAGUAAAUCAUUGUUUGUGAUGCAUGACCUUCUACAUGAUCUAGCUAUACAUGUUGCUGGAAAUAUAUCUGUUCAGUUGGAUAAGUUGGAGGGUAAUGAGCAAUUUGAAAUUCCUAAACGAGCUCGACACUUGUCAUUUGUUCGUCAAUACUUUGAAGUCUUUCAAAAGUUCAGGCCUCUUUGCAAAGUUCAGCAUCUCCGAACUCUAUUGGCAUUACCAGUUCAGGCACAUGAAGCGGCAUUCUUAGCAAAAAAGGUUUUGUUUGAUUUAUUGCCAAAUUUGCAAUGCUUAAGGGUGCUAUCGUUGUCUGGUUAUUUCAUAACUGAGUUACCAAACUCAAUUGGCCAUAUGAAGCAUCUCAGGUAUCUUAAUUUAUCUAGGACUUUAAUUCAAUCGUUACCUGAAUCAAUCAGUACCCUCUACAAUUUACAAACAUUGUUAUUGCGUGGUUGCGAAAAUCUUUGUAUGUUUCCUCCAAACACUGAGAAUUUAAUUAAUCUGCGCCAUAUUGACAUUGUUUAUACUGUGAAAUUACGAGAGACGUCCUCAGGUAUUGGUAGGCUGGAGAAUUUGCAAACACUACCAAAGUUUGUUGUGGGCAGCAAAAAUAAUGGGGCAAGACUGAAUGAGUUGGGGAAUCUGAGCCUUUUAAGGGGGAGUAUUUCUAUUGAAGAGUUGCAAAACAUAAAAGAUGUUCGAGAUGCAAAUGAGGCAAAUUUAAGGAACAAGGAGUGCCUUAAUGAAGUAGAGUUGGCAUGGUGUAGUGAGUUCAAUGAUUCUCGAGAUGAAGACCUCGAAUUGGAUGUGCUUGACACGCUGCAACCACACGUAAACUUGAAAAGGCUCAAAGUUGAGUUCUUCGGGGGCAGGGAAUUCCCAAGUUGGAUAGGCAAUCCAUCCUUUUCUGAAAUGGUGAACUUGAGUCUUAUAGGCUGUAGGAAAUGUAGAUCUUUACCACCACUCCAGCAACUACCCAAGCUCAGAGAGUUAUACAUUGAAGGCAUGCAUGAAGUGCAAAAUUUGGGGGAUGGACUUCCUUUUCCCUCACUGGAGAGGCUAAAAUUUGAGGACAUGCCAGCAUGGAAAGAAUGGUGUUUUUCUAUUUCCAUUGGUGUUGAAGAAUCUCGAAGUCAAUUCCCUUGCCUCCGUGAGCUCAGUUUGCGUGGUUGUCCCAAUUUGAUUACGGUUUCCCCUUUAAGGCUUCCCUCUCUUCAAAAAUUAUACUUGGAAGAGUGUGAGGAGGAGGUGCUAAAAAGUAUAGUUGGUGUGACCUCACUAACUAGCUUGGAAGUUGUGGAUAUUAGAGGACUGUCUCAGCUGGAGGAAGCAUUGGUGCAGUCUUUGGUAGCACUUGAAAGUCUAGUGUUCAAAAAUUGCAACCAGCUGAUGGCUUUGUGGCAAAAUGGCAGCGGGGUUGCACAGAAAAAUAAUCUUGUCCGUUUACAGAGACUGAGAGUUGAGUCGUGCCCCCAACUUGUUUCCUUUGGAGAAGAAUUAGAUGAUGAAGGGCUGCCUUGCAUUAAUCUUCAGGAAUUGUAUGUAAGAGAUUGUGUGAAUCUCGAGAAGUUGCCAAAUGAGCUGGAUAAGCUCACGUCUCUCACAUCUUUAGAGAUUAAUGGGUGUUCGAAACUUGUGUGCUUUCCGAAGGCAGGUGUCCCGCACAUGCUUAGAAGACUUGAGAUAAGAGAUUGCAAUGCAUUGAAGUCCCUGCCUGAAGGCAUAUCUGGUCUCAAGGAUCUUCUUGUUGAUGAUUGCGUGAAUUUGGAGGACUUUAACAUAAAUAAUAAUAUUAUGUCAUCACUUGAAACAUUAAGGAUCGAGAAAUGGCCAAAAGUUGGAAUGUUAGUUGGGGGUUGCGUAAAUAAUAACAAUUUUGCUAGUGUCAGAGUACUUCAUGUCGAGAAUUGCGAUGGUGUGGAGUCCUUGUCGUUCCCAGAAAGAGGCUUACCCAACCUCACAUCACUUCAGGUCUGGAAUUGCGUGAAUCUGAGAUCCUUGCCUUCCACCAACCAGAUUCUUCAAAACCUUGAAUCCCUAUGGAUAAUAGGAUGUCCAAGUCUCGAGGCCUUUCCGGAAAGAGGCUGCUGCUUGUCCACCCCCAACUUGAGAAGGCUUUUGAUCUGGGGCUGCAAUAAUCUGAGGUGGUUGCCAAUUGAUCAGAUUCAAAGCCUCGCAUCACUUGAAAGCAUUAGGAUCUGGGACUGCGGCAAACUGAAGCCCUUGUCAGAGUGGAGUAUGCACAGACUCACCUCUCUUCAACAAUUCGACAUUGGCGGUGGAUAUCCAGAGCUGGUCUCCUUUCCUCCUGAUCAUGACAAUGAUGACUACUGUCUAUUUCCUACAACUCUAACCCAUUUAUGCAUUUUGGAUAUGCCGAAUCUGAAAUCCGUAUCAUUAAAGGGCCUCCAAAAUCUCACCUUUCUAACGAUCGGAAACUGCCCGAAUCUGAAAUCCAUAUCAUCAUCAUCAUCCAAGGGCAAGGGCAAGGGCAAGGGCGGUGGCCUCCAAAAUUUCACCUCUUUUCAACGUCUACAUAUCUGGAAUUGCCCUAAGCUUCGAUCCUUACCGAAGGAAGGCCUGCCUGCCACGUUUCAACAUUUAGGUAUCUGGAAUUGUCCACUUCUUGAAAAACAGUGCUUAGGUGACUACUGGCCCAAGAUUGCCCAUAUCCCCCGCGUUGAUAUAAAUGACGAUUUCCUCAGGUUGGGAUGCUAAAUUGGUGAAUGAGUCGUACCCAUGGAUUGAGAAGCAAAUUGUUUACUGGCCAAAGCUUGGGCCAUUGCAGAGAGCGGUGAGGGACAGUCUUUUGGAAGUUGGGGUCUUACCCUUCAACGGAUUCACCUAUGAUCACAUAAGUGGACCAUUUUUGACAAGUUUGGUCGCCAUCACACAUAUGCAGAGCUUCUUGCUUCCGUAAUUUCUGAGAACCGUCAUGUUUUGAUUCAUGCUACAGGACAAAAGAUCAUAUUCAAUGUAACAGGGAAGAAACCAGUGGCCGUUGGAGUGAUCGUCAUGGAUGAAAAUGGGAAACAACAUUGAUAAUUUCUUGCAAAGAGGCCAAGCAGUGAGAUAAUAGUGUCGUGUGGAGCAAUUGGAAGCCCUCAGCUGCUGCUAUUCAGUGGCGUUGGACCUAAGGCUGACCUCAAGAAGAUGAACAUUUCAAUGGUGCUUGAUAAUGAGUCUGAUAACCCCUUGAACACUGUUUUUAUUCCCGCCAAUCGAUCUGUGGAGCAGACAUGGAUACAAACUGUAGGGAUUACCAAGAUGGUGUUGCGUUGAAGGUAUUCGUAUCGUGGAGAAGCUUGUGAGCUCCAAACACUUCACAAACUUCGCACUGUUUGAUAGACAAUCAGUGGCCAUGCCGCUCAACACAUUAAUGAAACAGGGUCAUUGGAGCAGUUUUGCAAAGAUACUGUGAUCACAAUUUGGCACUACCAUGGUGGGUGCCUAGUGGGCAAGGUACAUGGGAGUGAAGAUUUUAAGAGAGAUUAGGAAGAGCAGCUGGUUUAUAAAGACAGAUCAAGACCAAGUAAGGGCAGAUGCAUUUGUAUGUUGUGAUAGGGAAAAUGUAAUUUUGUUAGUCUAAUUCUUAGUGCAAUUGUAUGUAGAGAUAGGCUUGUCAACAAUCAAUAUCGGUGUUCUGUUCUUUUGUAUCUAUGGUUUGUAUAAGAACCAAAUUUUAUUUAUGAAGUCACCUGUUGGUCUUUUUGCUGAUUCA